ACAUUUCAGUUCCACUCCUCACUCCAUUCACCAGCCGCAACCUCUCUUGUGUUCUGUCAGCUGUUGUCCUUCACUCUGAAACCAUGGCCAAGGACAUGACUCUGCUGUGGGGCUCCGGCUCUCCUCCCUGCUGGAGGAUCCAGAUCAUGCUGGAGGAAAAGCAGCUGAAGGGGUGCAACCAAAAACUGCUCUCCUUUGAGAAAAUGGAUCACAAAUCCCAGGAAGUCCUGGACAUAAACCCCAGAGGUCAGUUUCCUGCCUUCAAAUAUGGGAACUAUAUCCUGAAUGAGUCCUAUGCUGCCUGCUUUUUCCUGGAGAACCAGUACAAGUCCCAGGGAACCAAGCUGAUCCCCGACUCCCCUGAUGCACAAGCACUGAUGUACCAGCGCAUGUUUGAGGUUUUCACACUCGGCCAGAAAAUGGCUGAUGUUAUCUACUACAACUACAAGGUCCCAGAGGGGGAGAGACACGACUCUGCUGUUCAGAGAAACAGGGAGGCUCUGACAGCUGAGCUCAAGCUGUGGGAGGGAUACCUGAAAAAUACGGACUGUUGCCUGGCUGGCAAAGAAUUCACACUGGCUGAUGUGCUUGUUUUUCCAGUCAUUGCUUAUCUAUUCCACUUUGGGUUAUGUAGUGAGCGUCACCCUGCACUGGGAAAAUACUACAACUCUCUGAAGGAAAGACCCAGCAUCAAAGCCACCUGGCCCCCUACCUGGCAGAGCACCCCUGCACAGGACAUGCUGAAAACCAUCUGAGAUCCAAAUCCUCCUCAGUGGACACACUGUUUCUGUUGUGAUUUGAUAUGUAAACACUCCUUGCAUUGCACUACUUUUUUCUUUUCUUUUCUUUUAUUUUACAAACUAUGCUUUGCUUCUGCUAUGAAGAGCAAUUUUCUACCAUCAUUUGUUUGUGACUCUACAAUUCUCUAAAUACAGAAGAUUCUUAUUGUGCUGCAAACAAAAGCAAUAAAAAGAGAAUUUAAAUUUGA